AUGACUGCUAUGGUUUAUCCUUUGAGACGCACAGUUACCAGUCUCUUUUUUGAAAAAAUUCCAGAUCAUAUCCCAAUGCAGCUUGGCGAUGUAGUGUUACCAAAACUUAGAGUCAUCCGUAGUAUACAUAUUGCAGCUAAACCUUGGCGACCGAUUUGGUUUCAGUGGAGCAUCUUCAAAACAGUAGAAGUUUUCAUCAGCAACUAUUCCGAGGCAAAAGGGUAUUGGGAAGAAGCUUUGAAACAUUUAGAAAAAUUCAAGAAGGCUCCUAAGUUGAAGCACUUCAUCUUCAUUACUCAUGAUAUCAAGAUCAAGAACGACACAAUUUUGGUUGAACUCUUCAAAGCUCAUGGAAUUACUUGCCAUUUCAGGACACGAAUGACUCAUAUUGAUGUAUUAAACUUCGUUGAUCAACUUGACCAGGAAUUUGAGGAGAUAACGACUAUAGAGCAUAAGUUUGGCUCAGGAGCUUGA